AUGACGACGAGAGUGAGCGCGUGCCACGUGGUCUCUCGUCAAUAGCAAAGAUGUCGUGGCAUCCUUGCAAGAUAUUGCCGUUGUUUUUAUCGUUUUUUGCUGUUGUCUCAGCUGAAUCGUGCAUUAAUGCUCAGGCAACAUCUAAAGUUUAUUCCACAUCAAAUGUGUUGUUGUCAACUGAAUCUGUUUUUCUGAUUGAGUCAACAGUGAAGUGUAGCAAUAACCCCAAGAAUGUCUUCUUGUUUGCUGAAAUUGAUGGAAAUUUGUAUCCAGUACCGAAGUCAGAUGAUAACUCUGUUCAUCAGUUCAGUUGGGUGAAAUCUCACAAAGAAGCAAAAUCUGGAUCUUAUGAAAUUAAAUAUUAUGAUGAAGAAGGCUAUGCCAGUCUAAGAAAGGCUCAGCGUACUGGUGAAAAAUUGGAACAGAAGCCAUUAUUUACAGUGACUUUGAAUCACAAGGCUGCAAGUCGUGAAGGUCUUUGGGUACAGACUGAAUUCAUUGCAGUCACUGCUGCCUUAUUGGUUUGGUGGUUUGCAACUGUAACUAAAAACAAAUUGCAAGAAUAGUGUAUGAAAUUGCUUGAAACUUUAAAUUUCUAACAUUUUUUAUUGUAAUUAAAUCUUACAAGAAAAA